UUAACAUGACUGUAUCUCUGUUUCACCCAUAAAACCAGCCAUGUCUGUAUCCGAAUACAACUUGCUGUGUAAUUUCCCUAAGUGCCGGGCCAGACUAAGUGGGUUUGCAUGGGUCACGGCCUGCUGUCAUAUAUUCUGUGAUCAACACGGCUCAGAUGAGUUCGGCCACACACCUGCCAUCUGUCCGGUAUGCUCCUCCAUGCUCUCGGGCAAACUAGACGUGAUGCGGACCGAACUGGCUCCAUCAGAGCGGUACAAAGCCAUGGUUUUGGUCGGACUGCAGCCUCAUACGGUUCUGGAUAUCUGUCAUAAAGCACUGGAGUUCUGGACCUACCAGGUACACCAGGAGAGGUUGCUAAUGGAGUACAAAUUGUCCCAAGCUGGAGGACAAGUGGUUCAGAUGGAGAAGUUUAUGACCCAGCAGAACCAGAGCAGAGAGCUCGAGUUAAACAUAUUAAGAGGGGAGAUUGCAUCGCUGAAGAAGGUGCUGGAGGAAUACAAGUGGAAGUACAGUGAGGUUUUGGAGCGACUGAAUGAACGAAACAGGCAAUACCAGAAGCUGCAGGGACUUUUUGACUCGUUGCGUAUGCACACUUUGGGGACAGGAGAGAAAGACAUCAUGCCCAACCCUUUCACUACAGGUUAGGAAAGAGAGGGACAAGUAGAACUAUGCAGGGUUUGGAACUGAAGCAAAAGAUGACAAAUGAGAAGACCAAUAAUCUGGUUUACAUGUACUUACAUUUUUUGACAGAAUGACAGAACUUGUCCCAUUUAUCCUGAUGAGCUGUGUCUAGUUUUACAUUGCAUGUCUAUUUCUACCUCAUUUAAAUGAGGUCAACAGUUCUAUAUCGCUUAUAGGGGUUCACAGUUGUACAGAUCUGAUAGACUAUUUUAAGAUAUAGUAGAUAAGGGGCCUGGGUAGCUCAGUGAGUAUUGACGCUGACUACCACCCCUGGAGUCACAAGUUCAAAUCCAGGGCAUGCUGAGUGACUCCAGCCAGGUCUCCUAAGCAACCAAAUUGGCCCGGUUGCUAGGGAGGUUAGAGUUACAUGGGGUAACCUCCUCAUGGUCACUAUAAUGUGGUUCUCGCUCUCGGUGGGGCGCGUGGCGAGUUGUGCGUGGAUGCCGCAUAGAAUAGAGUGAAGCCUCCACACGCGCUACAUCUCUGCGGUAACACGCUCAACAAGCCACGUGAUAAGAUGCGCGGAUUGACGGUCUCAGACGCGGAGCAACUGAGAUUUCUCCUCCACCACCCGGAU